AUGUCCUCCUCUAGUGCUGUGAAAGAACAGUACAGCAUCGUGCAUGUGCUGCAGAUGACAGUGAAUGUUAACAUUCACUGGCGUUUAAAUGCGGAGUUAGAGGCAAAAACGGCUCACCUGGUUCAGCAAGCUGAGGAAGUAAUACGAGAUCAACAAGAGGUACGAUCUAGGCCCUUUUCAACACAAGUUAGACCGUGUGAAGAGGAAAGUGAUUAUAGUACAAGAGGUCUGUUGUCAUCUGAAGGGAUAACUGAUCUACAUUCAGAAAUUAAGCCAAAGGCCAAAAACAUUGGCCCUAUAAACAAGGUUCAAAACAAACUACACUCUGCAAAUAAAGGAAGAAAAACAAAUUCAAGUGUUAAAUUGAAAUACUCUGAUGCACAAAUGGCCAAUGAUGUUGCCAUUCCAGAGGACUUUGCAGACUUUUCUCUUGCAAAGACAAUUAGCAAAAUUGAAGGGCAACUUGAAGAAGAAGGCUUUCCUGAACACAUAGAGGAUGACAUUUUCUCAGGUGUUAGCAAAGAUAUUGGAACAGAGGCACAGAUCAGAUUUCUAAAGGCCAAACUCCAUGUUAUGCAGGAGGAAUUGGAUAGUGUUGUGUGUGAAUGCAAUAAAAAGGAGGAUGAAAUUCAGGAUUUAAAGUCUCAAGUGAAAAAUUUUGAAGAAGACUGUGUGAGACAGCAGCGAACAAUUAGUAUGCAGCAGUCCCAAGUAGAUAAAUAUAAGACUCUUUUUGAAGAAGUGAACAAAAAAUGUGAUGGAUUACAACAGCAGCUGUCUUCUGUAGAAAGGGAAUCAGAAAAUAAAAGAAGACUACUAAAACAGGCUGCGAGUAGUCAAAGUGCCACAGAAGUUCGCUUGAACAGAGCUCUAGAAGAAGCAGAAAAGUAUAAACUGGAGCUAAGUAAAUUAAGGCAAAAUAACAAG